ACAGCGGCGACCGCAUCCGGUUUCUUCGGGACCCGGAUCCAAGACCCGAGACCCGGAACUGCUCGUGUCCAAGCCCGGUUCGGUUUCAAUUUCGGCAUAGGCAAGAAAUCCGCCCCACCUCCUCCGCCGCCGAAGAAACCGGCAAAGUUUACGGGCGGAGGAUCCGGCGACAGGCUCCUGUGGUUUCCGGGUGCGACGCCGCCGGAAUGGCUGGACGGUUCGAUGAUCGGGGACCGGGGGUUUGACCCUUUCGGUUUAGGUAAACCGGCGGAGUAUCUGCAGUUCGACUACGACGGUUUGGAUCAGAAUCUGGCGAAGAACGUGGCGGGUGACGUCAUCGGGGUGAUCCAAGAGGACAAGGAGAUCAAACCGACGCCGUUUCAGCCGUACACGGAGGUGUUUGGCCUGCAAAGGUUCAGGGAAUGCGAGCUUAUUCAUGGCCGGUGGGCCAUGUUGGGAACUCUCGGCGCCAUCGCCGUCGAGGCUCUCACCGGAAUUGCCUGGCAAGACGCGGGAAAGGUGGAAUUGGUGGAAGGAUCAUCCUACUUAGGGCAACCAUUGCCGUUCUCACUGACCACAUUGAUAUGGAUAGAGGUGUUAGUGAUCGGAUAUAUCGAGUUCCAGCGUAACGCAGAGCUCGACCCCGAGAAGAGGAUAUAUCCGGGCGGGUAUUUCGACCCGUUGGGACUGGCAUCCGACCCGGAAAAGCUCGAGAAUCUAAAGCUUGCGGAGAUCAAGCACUCUCGCCUUGCCAUGAUCGCUUUCCUCAUCUUCGGCUUCCAAGCUGCAUUCACCGGCAAAGGCCCUAUCAGUUUCGUCGCCACCUUUAGCCCUUAAACCAAAUCUACUAAACUAUUGAUCUUUUUCCUAUCCAGUGCAUACUACGAAAAUGAGUUUGUUAUCUGCACUUGCUUAUAUAUAUAUGUAUCGUACUACUGGUUUAUGUGAUCCGAUGAUGCCUUUGAUCCGUUCU